AAAUGAGACAUUUAACUGUCAUAUUUUGAGUGCACCGCGAAUCUGUCUUUUUAUUUCGGCCAUUUUCGCCGAAAGGUUUGUGUUCUGCUGGAGUUACGUAUCCGUACGUAACUUUGCAAUCACUUUAAUUAAGCUAUAACAAGAUGGUGCAGAAGAAGCCCAAGAAGAAGGUCGGAAAGAAGGUAGCAGCAGCUCCCUUGGUUGUUAAGAAAGUUGAACCAAAAAAAGUCGUAAACCCUCUUUUUGAGAAGAGGACCAAGAACUUUGCCAUUGGCCAGGAUAUCCAGCCAACACGUGACCUGUCCCGUUUUGUGAGAUGGCCAAAAUACAUCCGUAUCCAGAGGCAAAAGGCUGUACUCCAGAGACGUCUCAAAGUUCCUCCACCAAUCAACCAGUUCACCCAGACACUUGACAAGACCACAGCUAAGGGACUUUUCAAGAUCUUGGAGAAAUACAGGCCAGAGACAGAAGCAGUCCGAAAAGAGAGGUUAAGAAAAGCUGCAGAAGCUAAGGUGGCCAAAAAAGAUGAGCCCCCAGCGAAGAGGCCAAACACAAUCCGCGCUGGAACCAACACAGUAACUAAACUGGUUGAGAGGAAGAAGGCACAGCUUGUGGUCAUCGCUCAUGAUGUGGACCCCAUUGAGCUAGUAUUAUUCCUGCCAGCUCUCUGCCGUAAAAUGGGUGUCCCAUACUGUAUUGUCAAGGGGAAAUCCCGUUUGGGAGCGUUAGUUCACCGCAAAACCUGCACUUGCUUAGCGCUGACACACGUUGAAUCUGGAGACCGCGCUGCCUUCUCCAAGGUGGUAGAAGCGAUCAGGACAAACUUCAACGAACGCUACGAAGAGCUGCGUAAACACUGGGGCGGUGGAGUCCUCGGGAACAAGUCUAACGCGAGAAUCGCCAAGCUGGAGAAGGCUAAGGCGAGAGAAAUCGCGCAGAAACAGGGCUAGGCCAAUAAAUGAUAAUCUAUAA